AGAAACAGAGAGUAGCCGUUGCAGAGAGCAUGAAUUUCAGCCUCUGCAUUCCCGCGAAAAUUUCACCCUAUCCCCUCAAAUGGCCCAUCGCUUCCCGCCAAAAUAUCUCAUCCCAAAACCCUCGAAAACACCCGAAUUUCGAGACCCUCAAGCACCGUUUGAUCCGAUCCCUCGAAAGUGGUCGCCUCGAAUCUGCUUUUUCGACUUUAAAUCACAUGACCCAACAAGGAAUUCCCGCCGAUCUAGUCACAUACUCUGUCCUCCUCAAGUCGUGCAUCCGGUCACGCGAUUUUGACCGCGGAAAACUCAUCCACGCCCUCCUGCUGGAAUCUGGCCUGGAACUCGACUCUGUCGUCUUGAAUUCUCUCAUUAGCUUGUAUUCAAAGUGCGGGGAUUGGGAAACAGCGAAAGAGAUCUUUGCGGCGAUGGGGGCCAAGAAAGAUUUGGUCUCAUGGAGUGCGAUGAUUUCUUGCUUUGCUCAUAAUAACCGUGAAAUUGAAGCAAUAUCGAUGUUUUAUAAGAUGCUCGAAUCGGGUCAGUACCCGAAUCAGUUCUGCUUUGCUAGUGUGAUCCAGGCGUGUUCAAACAUGCAGCAUGCAUGGAUUGGGAAAGUGAUUUUUGGGUUUGUGAUAAAAACUGGUUUCUUAGCAUCUGAUGAAUGCGUUGGGUGUGCACUGAUUGAUAUGUUUGCAAAGGGUGGCAGCUUGGAGUAUGCACGCCUGGUAUUCGACGAAAUGCUGGAGAGAAAUGCUGUUGUGUGGACAUUGAUGAUUACUAGGUAUUCUCAGUGCGGGUUUGCAAAAAAUGCAGUCGAUUUGUUUUUGGAGAUGGAAAUGGGCGGGUUUGAACCUGAUCGGUUCAGUCUAAGCAGUGUGAUUUCUGCUUGUGCUGAAUUGGAAUCGAUUCAGCUCGGACGACAAUUGCAUUCCCAAGCCAUCCGAGCAGGAUUGUCAUCAGAUGUUUGUGUUGGAUGCAGUCUGGUGGAUAUGUAUGUGAAAUGUGCAGUGGAGGGAUCGGUGGAUGAUUCAAGGAGGGUCUUUGAUCAGAUGCCUGUACACAAUGUCAUGUCUUGGACUGCAGUUAUCACGGGAUAUGUGCAGAGUGGAGGACGUGAUAAGGAAGCAAUUGAGCUUUUCUGCGAAAUGAAGAAGGGAGGAGUUCAGCCGAAUCAUUUCACAUUUUCAAGUGUUCUCAAGGCAUGUGCAAAUCUUUCGGAUUCUGAAAUGGGUGAACAGAUUUAUGCCCACGUGGUUAAAUCUGGUCUUGCAUCAGUUAAUUGCAUCGGGAAUUCUUUUGUUGGGAUGUAUACUCGAUCAGGUUGGAUGGACGAGGCCAGGAAAGCUUUCAAUAUUCUGUUCGAGAAGAAUCUGAUUUCCUACAAUGUAAUGGUUGAUGGGUACGCCAAGAACUUGAAUUCUGAAGAAGCCUUUGAACUCUUCCAUCAAAUCGAGAACACAGGAGUUGGGGCCAGUGCUUUUACGUUCGCUAGUCUUUUGAGUGCAGCUGCAAGCAUUGGUGCAAUGGGAAAAGGUCAGCAACUCCAUGCUCGAUUACUGAAAGCCGGAUUUGAGGCAGACCAAUGCAUCAGUAAUGCCCUUGUGUCCAUGUAUUCUAGGUGUGGGAGCAUAGAAGAUGCUUCCCAAGUUUUUAAUGAGAUGGCCAAUCGGAAUGUAAUUUCAUGGACUUCAAUGAUAACGGGUUUUGCUAAACAUGGGCAUGCAAGAAAAGCACUUGAGGUGUUUCAUGAAAUGGUCGGGACUGGUUUGAAGCCAAACGAGGUUACCUACAUUGCUGUUCUAUCCGCAUGUAGCCAUGUGGGUUUGGUUGAUGAAGGAUGGAAACACCUACAUUCCAUGUAUAACAAUCACGGCAUUGUCCCAAGAAUGGAGCAUUAUGCCUGCAUGGUUGACAUACUCGGUCGGUCGGGCUUCCUCAAAGAAGCCUACGAGUUCAUCAACUCAAUGCCCAUUAAACCUGAUGCUUUGGUAUGGCGUACGUUGCUCGGAGCUUGCCAUAUUCAUGGCAAUAUGGAUCUUGGAGGACUGGCAGCUAACCAUAUCUUAGAGCUGGAACCACAUGACCCAGCAGCAUAUAUCCUACUGUCGAAUCUGUAUGCUGCGACCGCCCAAUGGAACUACGUUGCAGACAUCAGAAGAAGGAUGAAAGAGAGGAAACUGAGCAAAGAAGCUGGCUGCAGCUGGAUAGAGAUAGAUAACAAUAUUCACAGAUUCUUUGUAGGGGACACUUCUCAUCCACGGGCGCAGGAGAUUUUCAUGAAGUUGGAUCAAUUGGCUGGCGAAAUAAAGGGGAUCGGCUAUGUGCCUGACACGAACUUUGUUUUACAUGAUGUGGAGGAGGAACAGAAGGAGCAGUAUCUGUUCCAACAUAGUGAGAAGCUUGCUGUUGCUUUUGGUCUUAUUGGAACAUCACCGCCGAAACCAAUUCGGAUAUUUAAGAACCUCCGUGUCUGUGGAGACUGUCACACAGCCAUUAAGUUCAUUUCCAUGUCUUCCAGUCGAGAAAUAAUUGUGAGGGACUCAAACCGCUUCCAUCAUAUUAAGAAUGGCAUCUGUUCCUGCGGCGAUUACUGGUGAUGUACAUGAAAUGUGGGUGAAAUUGUGAAGCUUUUAACUGGCAGGGACAGUGCAAUCUCUAAACCUAGAACCUGAACUUUGUAAGCAUGGAAUCAUGUAUCAACUGGGAAAUGACUAUACUUGAAUGUGGGUUUUGCACCCAAGGCAAGAUAUCUUAAAGCUCUGGUGAUGAAUCUUCAGAGAUCUUGUUAACAACACAAAUGACUUCGAACCA